AUGAGUUCGAGCUCCUCUUCAGUCCACGAUGUCACGGCGGCUUCCGCACAAGCGAAGCAGGCUGCCUGCUUAGAAUGUCGCCGGUCAAAGGUGCGGUGCACGCGUGAUGUAGGCGCGACCGUGUGUCGGAAAUGUCAGCAAGCCGGUCUGCAAUGCGUCACGCCAGAGUACCAUGUCGGGAGAUACAAAGGUGUCAAGAACAAGAGGUCGGGGCUGGAAAAAGCAAUCUAUCAAGUCGAACAGGCGUUGAAGCGAUCCAAAGAUUGCCCUACAGGGCUAACAGCGGAGACUGAAGCCGACCUUCGGCAACUCAUCAGCGCUCCUCAGACAAGCCCUCUUCUCCGCCGUCAAUCCAGUACGGCUACGGCGACUCUGGUCCAUCAGCAGUCCUUUCCCCAAUCGCAUGCCGGAUUGCUACCCACUGAAAGCACCGGAACGACAGAGAAUGGUCAUGAAGUACCGCCUGUAGACCAUGGUGAGAAGGCUGACGAGCUUGCGCUUAACAACGCCGACAAUCCUUUGCAACUGCUCGCAAUGGCAUCGGUGUUGCCUGGCCAGUCACCCUCGACUGUGAUGUCCACAUCCCCUGCAGGGGUGGUCCCUUAUGCAGGCACCAACGAAGCGAACAUAGACGAGGAUGCAGAGCUGCAACAGUUUUUUGGAUCUCUGCUCCCACGCCUGGAUAAUUCCCGCGACGUCGAUCCCAUCAAUCUAGGCUUGGUGACCCAAGAGGAAGCUGAUUCACUUUUUGCGUACUUCUACGAGCGACUGUCUCAUACGCGGUGGGGCCUGGAUCCGGUCCUACACACGGCUGCCUUUGUACGCUCGCGGUCGGCCUUUCUCUUCACCUCUAUUCUGGCUGCGUCUGCGUUGUUCUUGCCGAAAGCCGAGGCGUUGUCGAAGCGACUGUCGAAUCAUAGGAACAUCCUUGCUCGAAAGGUGGUCUCUGACAGAAAUCGAUCCGUCGAGAUUGUCCUGGCUUUCAUGGUCAACAUACCCUGGAUGACUCCCGCCAAGCACUGGGCCGACGACGAGACAUGUGCGUAUCUGUCAAUGGCCCUAGCAUUAGCGUUGGAUCUUUCGCUCAACAAAAUCGUGGUGCCAUCCCCCACCAUCCGUCCUGCAGGAUUUUUGGACCGAGUGGCAAAAGCAGAGUGUAUUGACUCCGCUAAAGCCCUGCAGCUGGACGGAUUCCCACAGGUUGACCCCUUGUCAGUCUGGGGAAGGCGACUACUAAGAACUCGUGAGCGGGUGUGGUUAGCAUUAUUUGUUCUCGACCGAGGUAUCUGCCUCGCUAGAGGACGACCGUACGCCGUGCCGAUUGGACCAUUAGUGGAAAGCUGUGAUACUUGGCACAUUUCAGAUAUCGCAGAUCGGUGGGAUGGUAGUGUCAUCUCAGCAGCCGUGCUGAGGCGCGACUUGGUCGCCCUCAUCACAAGUGUUCGCGAGUUCUGCGAUGGAAGUCAGGGUAUCAGUGGUGGCUCGACGGCUGUAAGAUUUCUCAAGGAUAAAAUUGAUCGCUUUUUCGAGCAGUGGUAUGCGGUCUGGUCACGGCAGAUCACCCAAGGAGAUGGUCAACUGCCUCCAUAUGUUGAAAUCCUAGUGUCACACACCAAGCUAUCGACGUAUUGCAAUGUUGUCAACCACCCUACUGCAUCCAACGACGUGAAACAGUUCUUCCGAGCUGCGGGUCUUGCAUCUGCCAUGAACGUCAUGCGUGCCGCCGUGCAGGGUGAGAACCGACUGAAGUCAAUGCCGAACAAUACCGUCAUCAUGGUAUCAUUUGCGGCGACCUUCGCUCUGGCACUCGGAGCCACAAACCUGGGCAACCGUGCCAUGCUGCCCCCAAACGCCAAAGCGCUAAUCGAAGAAACGACGCAGGUGUUGGAGAGGAUCGGAAGCUCGCCCCGCCACCGUAAAGGCUUGUCUGUGUUGUUCGCCAGACAUAUCCGUCGGAUUAUGCAGAGCUCUCUCCUUGAUCAACCCGAGGAGAACCAGGCUCCACUGUCCGGACCUUCGGGCCAUUUUCCACCACAGGCCCAAAACGUCGACUACAGCAAUCCUCAAACCAACGCACCACGAGCUUCCACUGCUGCUCCGGAGCCGUAUGUCUUCGACAUGACUGACGAUCAAAUCCUAGAAGCCAUCAAUAAUGCCAGCACUUCACAGGACUUGUUCCAGCUCGACGAGACGAUGUUCUUCGACUGGCUGGAUUGGCCGAAUGUCACAUGA